AUGACUAGCUUCCGAUUCCCAGGUCUGCUGCUGGGUCUCGUCAUCCUUGCCGCCUUGGCAAGCCCGGCCGCUGCUUUCGGUGCUGGAAACAUCGCUUCUAUUUCCAAGGUCGAAGGACAAAACUGGCGCCACGGUGAUAUUGAAGAUGCACUGCUUUCCAUCGUCAUGGCACAAGCCUUCAACGGCAAAAAGUUCAGCAAGCUCAUGGUGUCUCGUGUCUACUUUGGCAACUGGCUGCGCGACUACUCCCAGGCCAUCGACGUCGGCACUGUCAAGACUGUUUCCGCCGAAGCAAUCCGUUUGCUCCUCUGCGUUCUUGGCUUCAUGACCUUUGGCUACGGCUCCGGCGAAUUCGAAGUCACCGCCGAUCGAGUCGGCUGCUACCGUCCCGAAGACCACAUUGACAACCCCAAGGACUACGCCGACAACGUCGACGCCCGGGAGUAUUACGAGCGCCUCCGAGGCCCUAUCGACGAGAAUGCCGAACUCUCCAUCGACGAGCGCAAUGGCAUGAAGAAAUAUAUUGCUUCUGAAUCUGAUAACAUCAUGACCUCGGCGAAGCAUGUUCGCCAACUCUUCACCCGCUGCAUCGAGCUUGGUCGUCGCUACAAGGAGAACAGUGAUAAGACUGAUCGCAAUGAAGCGCUCCGCCUCAUGGGCACUGGCCUGCACUGCUUGGAGGACUUUUUUGCCCACAGCAACUACACUGAACUUGCCCUCAUCGAAAUGGGCGAGCGUGACGUCUUCCCCCACUGUGGUACCAACACUAAAAUCCAGCUCGACGGCGCGCAGGAAUCUGUGUAUCCUAUUGUGACUGGCACUUUUGGUGGUGUCGACUUUCUGCACUCUGUUACCGGCGAAGUGUCUGACAAGCUCACCCAAAACGAAAUUGAGGAGCUUGAAGGAACGCUUGAGCAAAGCAAGCAGUCCGAUACCAGCUUCCUUCGCGAACUCCUUGACAAGAUCCCCGAUGGCAUCCUUGGUGGUGGGCAGGAAAAACAGAAAAUCGACGAGAUUCAGGAAAACGCCAAUGCAGCCCAGAUGCAAAACACUUCCGUCUCCCCGAGAGAUCCCGAAGAAUUCACCCUGUACGUCAAGAACAUUUACGAGCAAAUUAUGCCUGCCAUCAAGCUUCAUGAUGACAUCAUGAAGACCAUUGACAAUGCUAUUGGCAAGAUCCCCGUCCUGCCCAAGAUUAUCGAGCAGCUUGAAGAGCAGCUUACCCAAUUUGUCUUCUCCAUCAUGGCUCCAUUUAUUGUUCCUUUAAUUCGACAGAUUCGCAACGAGCUGAAGACUGGCUCGGAUGAGAUUAUUCAGAGCAGUCAGGACCAGCAGCAUGUUGUUUUCAACGACGAUAACAGCACUGACCCGACCCAUUCCAUGCUCUCCAAGGACCACUUUUCCAACAUCCUGAACGAGAUUGCCGGUCGAAGUGCCGCUAUGACUGUCCAUUGGGUGGUUCCACAGUUGAUGGAGGCUAUCGACGAUAACAGCAUCGAUGUCAACCGUCUCUGUGAUCGCCUCAUUUACGGCGUCCUUCACCACCCUGCACAGAGAGGAAUGGGCAAUGACGGCGUCUCUGAGGCACGCCAGAAGAUUUUUGAAAGUGUCAAGGAAUGGUGGGGUCAAAUGGGCGAUGACCAGCGCAACGACUAUCGUCAGAAGCUUUCUCGUGAUGGUGUCUUUAAGGGUAACAACCACAAAGAGGGCGUUCACGAUACUGGCCAUGGGCAUGGCUGUGGUGGGAAGCUUGAGAUGCGUAAGCUUUAUGGUGAGCCAGAGACUAUGGAAACCAAGAUUGCAAGUGCUGCGGCCACUGCCAUUUUCUCAACGGCAUCUGGCGUAGUUUCCGAUAUGGUGCAGCAGCAAACUGGUAUACAAAUGCCAGGCAAGCAGGAAGGCGAAGAAUCGGGUGGUCUAAAGGGAUUCAUCAAGUCCAUCUUUAGCACGGAUGACAAUGAGGGCAGCAGUGGCCGAACUGAGACUCGGCCGAGCCAGAGCUCGGGCAACUUUGGCGGUAGAAACGACCAAGGUCGACAGGAGUACGGAAGUAGCGGUGGUGACCAGUACGGUCGACAGGAUAGUGGUCAUCGACAGGACUCCAACUCCUAUGGAAACUCUAGCCAGAGGAGAGACGAUGACUAUGGUGGCAGAAGACAUGACAACGACAACCGGCGAGACGACAGCUACGGCGGUGGGAACGACAGUAGCUAUGGUGGUGGCAGCGGCAACAGUGGAUAUGGUGGGCGCCAACAAGAGAGCCAUGGCGGUAGAAGCGACAGUGGCUACAGCGGCAGACAAGAGAGCAGCUAUGGUGGACGGCAGGAGAGCAGCUAUGGCGGUAGAGAGGAGAGCUAUGGUGGACGACAAGAAAGCAGUUAUGGCGGCAGGGAGGAGAGCCACGGUAGCAGACAGGAUAGCUAUGGUGGCAGGCAGGAGACUAGCUAUGGCCAAAGCAGCGGAUAUGGUUCGCGCCGCGACGAUAACUACGGCGGAAACGAGAGUAGCUACGGUGGUCGUGGUGAUGACAGCUACGGCGGUGGCAACGAGGGUGGCUAUGGUGGCCGCAGUGAGGGAAGGCACGGCGGCAACAGUGGCGGAGAUGAAUAUGGCAGACAGGACGAAUACGGUCGACAGGACGAGUCCGGUCGACGAGAGCAUGGUGGAUCUGGUCGCCAUGGCCGCAAAGAUGAUGAAUAUGGCAACGAACGAUACUAA